AUGCUUCGGGUCACCAGCGUCGCUGCCGAUCGGAUCCUGACGCCGCGCGGCGCUGCAGCCCCUGUGGUGGACGAAGAGGAAGAGCACGGAGGAGCCGGUGCCAAUAUCGAGGACUUUUUCGAGUCUCACGAUGGCGCCGAUACGCGUUACGUUGGAGUCGCCAACAAAAAGGUUUUCUCGGCACUCCAUGUCGCUGUUCCUGGUGCGUGCUUGCCCUCUCAACAUGCCAAUCAGCUGUCGUCACCAUCCAUGUGUCCGCGCGACAUGUUGGCCACCCCCGUGCUGUGGUCCAUGGCCGCGGGAUCCUCGACAACCACAGCAGCGACGCUCUCGCAGGAGCUCACGCCGGCUCGCCGCUCAUCUCUUAGUCGAUCGUCUCAACAGCACACGCCACAUUAUCACAGUACAUCCUACGACAACGAUCGCUAUCAACGCUUCCUCACAAGUGCGCUGCUGAGCGGAUCAGAGGCGAGGCGUCCGUCGAGCGUUUUGUCGUUUCCCAUGCGCACACCAACGAGGAUAAAUCGGGCAAGUCGUCGAGCAACGCCGGAUGUAAGCGUCAUGGAGGCAGCAACGACACGCCGCAUAGACUUGCCAGACCACAACGCUCCGUCAUCCACCACUGCCCAUGGUGGACCACAAGAGACGGCUUCCGUUCUGGAUAGCGCAGUAGCCCCAGGAGGAUGGCCGACCGCACUGAUAAGUGAGGAGUUGCGAUCCGCAGUCCCGCAGGCUAAGGAGAAGGGGCACCGGAGAGAAGAUGCCGCAGCUGCUACCUGUCUGUGGCAGCCAUCGAGGCACGCGCCGCACAACGUUGCGCGUGUGGUCGAUGUUGCGGGGCCCAAGAGCACAUCAUGCAGCAGUGAGCAUCUUUCGCACGCAGAGGCGCCGUUUUCCUAUUUUCAGCGGGCACCCCCAGUGUGGUCACGAUCAACGCAGACGGCAUUUCGGCUUCCGUCGGCGCGUGACGAGAACAACUCAAGGUGUGAGGCCGAAGAGGCUUGUGGAGCCGUCGUUCUUGGCUUGUCAGCCGCCGAAGAAGGCGACGCAGCGCGCUUCCUGCAUGCAGUGCAGCGAGCACAGCGCACCUGCGUCGGUGCCUGUGUUGCAGCAGCCUCGGCUUACUCGCACUCGCCGUGGUCGGCGCACAGUGAUCCUGUUGUGGUCAUGGAUCCUCCCGAGGCGCAUUUCUUUACACCGCGCAACUCCCCGAGCGCAUCAUCGGCAACGGGUGAGCUGGACCGUCUCGACGUCGUCACCACCCCGCUAAUCCUGCCAAGCAGCACGGCGCAACGCGUAAGCUGUGACACGCCUCCGCCACCAGCGCCAGUGCAUCGCUCGCUUGUGGUCCCUAUCCCCUGCUGUGGCAAUGAAGAUGACGCCGAUGACGAGCAAGAAAAGACCUCAGCAUCGUUUCUGUUCACCCCUGUUGACCGCGUUAUUGAAGGGAGCUGCACCACCCCAGUAGCGUUGUCCUCAGUGGGCUCCCCGACUCCAGCGUGGUCGUUGUCGUCAGGACCCUGGCGAACGCGAGCGACUACUGGUGCUUCCUUGCAGUCUCAUGCCGUCCGCCACCGCGGUGCCUCUCGUUCGACACUUUUCUCCUUGGCCAUGAUGUGUCAGAUUGCAACACCGCAGAACCUGUUUACACCUGUUCGACACACAGAUAACUCGAUACGCAGCGCGUCCGUCACAGGCUCGUCUGCAGCUGCCUCAGGUGACGUCUUAAUGACCUGCUCGUCUGUCCGCCGGCCCACCGUCUCGCCAGCCGAGGUGAUGCUACCCACGACGCUUCCGACGGCGCACCAUCUCAGUGGGAGUCGCCGUCAUCGCGACAGCACUGGCGCCCAACACUUGCGUACGCACAGUCAGCCGCAGCAGCCUCAGCGUAACAGUCGUGACACAUUUCAGUUCAUUCGGGCGCUCACCGCCGGCGAGGUAUCAACGGAUGCGCGACACCGUCCGCUAUACUGGGGUUGCUUCGGCAUACUUGUCGCGCAGCCUACGGAAGUGUGGUGCGUGGGCAAGACGCACCCGUUCCGGCUGUUUCCGCCUGAGCGUGCGCCGCCUACGUGGAUGCUGCGUAACGGCGAGCUGGAGGUGACUGCAGUGGCCACGACAGAGCGGCUGUCGCUUGCGCAGUGGGAAGCGGUCUCGAUCGCAGCCGGCACCCCCGAGGCGUCACCGCCAGUGGUUGUCUACGCCGCCUUCGGCUCAAGGGCAGGCGACGUCUUUGUGUACGGCUACACCAGGUGCCCGCCGACGGCCCCUGAUGCCACGCCUGUUGCUCUUGAUACUGUACAGGGGCAUGCGCACAGCACGCAUACAGUGCGACUAGCGCAGUAUGGUGUUCUGCGACGCGCAAAUCGUGUUGGUGACAGCAAUGAAGUCUCGGAGGUCAACGUGAGUACCGCUACGGUGCAUGGUUGGCCUGCCGUGCGAGACAGCACAGUUUCCGUCCUGCGCGUGAUGGAUCACUGGUUGUACAUUGGAGAUCAGUCUGGUCACUUGGCUCGCUACGACUUGCGUCAGACAAGCUUUCUAUGUAGUGUCCCCUCCGACACCGUGCCGUCCUCAACACCCGUUGUCACCGCGGUAGAGCAGCAAUACGCCAGUGAGGCAAGGCCCUGUCGUGAGCGAAGCGCAUGUCUAGAUCGUGCCAUGGCAUCUCUUCCGGCCAGUCUGAACCCAUGCAUGCCUGUACAUCGCUUUGGGCGACCUCUUCGACUCGCCGGGGCUUUCCCGGCAACGAGGUCGUCGACGCCGUUGCAGUCGGCGUCUGGGGUCCCCACGCCGGCGCCGAAGUUUCACUACGCUGUGAAUGUCGGGGAGCCCGUAUACAACCUAGAGGUGACGAGCAGCCAAAGCUACCUCGCUGUUGGAACGCAGACGAGGCUGCUGGUCUACCGCAUAGCACAACUGCCUCGCGUGUCGGACACACCGUCGUCGUCGUCGUCGUUGUCGCGGCUGCCGUCUCACUUCCCCUUCACCGUCACAUCAGCCGGCACUCCGUCUCGUGAGAGCAGCAGUUGCAACUUCCAUGCCAUGCUUGAACACAGUGACGGUGCUAGCCCUCUAGUCGUGGUGAGUGAUGCUGUCCAACCGAUACGUUGCUUUGCGUGGAUGCACUGUGACUACGAAUCACUGAUGCCAUCGCGUCACGCUCGAUCGACGGCAGAGAAGCAGGCUUUUAUCUCGGACACCGAUGAAGACGAUCCUGACGCCUUUUCUCUUGUUUCCCUCGUCGGCGAUGACGAGCUCGGGAUUGGGAGCGCUUCUUCGAAGCUCAUCACCACCCUGGACAGCACCUGUCCCCGCCACACACCAGCGCCAAGCCUCGUGUUUGCCACUGCGUGGCAGGAGCCGACGGAGGUGGCGGAGGGCCAAAGCCCACCACCGUCGGUAUUACGGACAAAGACGGACAUUCGCGUGUUUCGCGUCGUAACGCAGACGACCGUAGCCUCCUGCACCCUCGGCUACCCGGUGCACAUGUUAGCAGUGCUCCCUGGAACGACGCAGAUCAUUAUCGGCACAGGCGGUGCGGGGGAGGUCGUACAGCCGGUCUUGCCUGGUGCACUCUCGCCUGCUGGCUAUACUCAGCCGCUUUCUCCGCAAGUUCCAGCGGAUGUCCUAACAGGGCUACCAUUGAGCAGCCCCUUCACAUCCCCGGCCUUGCGCUUCACCUCAACUACUGCGACUAGCACUACGUCUGUUUCUCCAGUAGUCAGUUUUCGCUCCCCCUCCAUUGCAGGGCGCCGCCCCUCGCUGGCGGUCGCAGCGGCGGAGGCGCUGUGGCCUCGUUCGGACACUCUUCGCCCCACGGCCCGCCGCGCUAAUCCGACGGACGCAGGCGCGGCGCAUCUGCCGCAACAGCGUACACGUACAAGCGAAGAGAAGAACGGCUAUCUGUUUCUUCUCGAGGUGUGCCCCACUGACGGCCUUGCAGUAAUGAGUCACACAGACGACCAUUAUCCUGUGCGUCUGCGCGUGCGAGGGGAGGUGGGCGUUGGCGAAGGUGAGAGCGCUGUUUGCGGGUCCAUGGCCCCGCAGCAGGACCACGUCUCUGUGCUUAUACGCCCCACAGAGAGUGAUUCGCGCAUUGUCAUGUCACCAACACGCGACGGAUCGCGAGCAAAGGUAAAGGUGUGGAAGAUCUCCACAGAUGUGCAGCCGGCCUGCGUUGUGUCGUCUCUGGGCGGACUGCUGUUUCAGUCUGGAUGGCAGCAGCAGAUGGAGUGUCUCCGAUGA